AUGAAUCGACUUGAAAAAUUAUCUGCAUAUAUAUUUCCAUCAGAUCCCGCUAAAGGAUAUAUUGGUUCUAUUGACUUAAAUAUUUGGUUGGCACAGAUAGCUGGAAUACCUCUUCUGGGCUUAAAACAUGAAUCAUUAGGAUUAAAAAUCAUUUUACUGUGCUAUGGAACGUUGAUGACUAUUUUUGUCACUUUUCUGUACACGGGAUUUGAAAUUUAUGAUUUGAUCUUGUGUUGGAGAAGUUUGGAUUCUUUAACACAAAACACCUGCUUAUCAUUGACUCAUCUUGCUGGAGUGACAAAGAGAAAGGCUUUUUACCGCGGCGAGUUUGAGAAUAAACUACCUUUUGCUAUAUAUGCAACGUUGGUUUCUUUCACUGGAUUUCUGGGAAUGAUAAUGUUAUUCUAUGAUCCU